GAAGUACAGAAGUUGAAUCAGCAGCUAGAGGAGAAAAACGGAGAGAUACAGCAGAUGAUAAAUCAGCCUCCAUAUGAAAAGGAGAGGGAAAUCUUACGACUGCAGAAGACCUUGGCAGAGAGAGAGAAGGCUCAGGCCACCAGUGAUGUUUUGUGCCGUUCACUCACUGAUGAAACUCACCAACUUCAACGCAAAUUAGCAUCCACAGCAGAAAUGUGUCAACAUCUGGCAAAAUGUCUAGAAGAGAAGCAAAGAAAAGAGAAGGGGAAUUCAGAUGACCAGAUACCUACUGAAAGAUCUAAUCAGAUUUUAGACAAUGAAAAUUCACUUCAAACUCUUAUCUGCAACCUACAAGAUGAAAACAGGAUGUUAAAACAAAAAGUAGCUCAUGUGGAAGAUUUAAAUGCAAAGUGGCAGAAAUAUGAUGCGAGUAGGGAUGAGUAUGUGAAGCGACUCCACUUGCAGCUGAAGGAGAUGAAGUCACAGCUGGAGCAGCAGCAUGGUGUAACUCCAGCACAGACAAAUCCUGACCUGAUGCACAAGGAGAUAUUCCGGUUGAACAAGCUACUGGAAGAAAAAAUGAAUGAAUGUGUAAAAACCAAGAGAGAACUAGAAGACAUGAAGAGAACUAGUGAAGGGGAUAAUGAGCGCAUACAAAUGCUGGAGCAACAGGUCCUGGUUUAUAAAGAUGAUUUCACGUCUGAGAGAUCAGACAGAGAAAGAGCACAGAGUAAAAUACAAGAACUUCAAGCAGAAGUUGCAUGUCUGCAACACCAGCUAGCGAGAAGACAGGACUCAAGAGACACAAGUAGUCAUUUCAGAGUUCACGCUGGGAACCAAAAUCAAUUGUAUGUGCCAACAAACAUUGAACAUCUACAAGGCAAUAGCCCAGGCCGAACAGGCAUGAGAAGAACAUCUUCACAGUCUGAACAAGCUUCUCCUCCUGUGGACAAUGGAAACCCAGGGCCUGAAGGCAGGGCACAGGGUGAACUCAGAUGCCCUCACUGCAUGAGGUUUUUCAGUGAUGAACUCGGUGAUGAAUUCCUCAAGCACGUUGCUGAAUGUUGUCAGUGA